AUGGCGGAGGACUCACUGCAACAUUUCCUGUCUUGGUGUCGCACGAAAGGAAUCGUCUCGGAUGGUCUCGAAAUAAGGUCAUGUGAGGAGUCAGGUAAUGGAGUGUUCGCAGCUCGAUCGUUCCGAACGGAUGAGAAGGUCAUAGAGGUACCUGAAGAGUUGAUGAUCACGGCUGGAAAGGUCGCUGACAUGGAUCCGUAUGCGGAACUUCUGAAGGAUACAAAGUUGUUUCCCACACCGUUUGAAUUACUCACAUUGUUUUUCUGCAUGGAAGAUGAAGACUCGUCUUUGUACGCACCGUACCUCAAGAUGUUGCCCAAGACUUUCACUACUCCCUUGUAUAAGGGUCAAACGGUUGAUCCAGCCCAUUUACCUUCAUCAGUUCGAGACUGUUGGUGUACGCAGCAGAAGGAUCUGCGAGAGUCAUGGAAUAAGAUCGAGCAAGCAUGUCCAGACAUAACGUAUGAGAGAUUCUUAUGGGCAUGGCACGUGGUCAAUACGCGAUGUAUCUAUGUGGAAAACAAACCACAUGCAAGCGUUGAUAAUUCGGCUGGAGACACUUUAGCUGUAGUGCCUUUUGUCGACAUGCUUAAUCAUGAUCCAAGUGCCCAGUGCUUGGCUACGUUCGAAAGGUAUUCCAAGAAGUAUGUGGUUCGGGCAUCACAUUAUAUACUUGAAGAUCAGCAGGUGACUGUAUGCUAUGGACCGCAUGACAAUGCCCGUCUAUGGAUGGAAUAUGGCUUCACUUUGCCCAACAAUCCCAAUGGGAAGGUCAUGAUGGAGCAUGCAUUAUUUGUGGCCUUGGCAAGAAAGGUCGGUGUGACCGUAUCAGCAGCUCAUGAAAAAGCCCUGGAAGGUGCAGGCCUGCCGUGUACAUUAUACUUAUCGGAUGGGGGACCGAGUUGGGCAUUACGGGUGAACAUGAAGAUUCUUAUGUUUUCGCCAUCAGAUAUAGGAGACAAAGCGGUCGAUGUUUACAUAAUCGUGCCAUUCUACAGAAAGCGAUGGCGAGAAGUGAUAUAUGCGGAGAAAUCACGGGACAAUUCUGCCGAUUCUAAUGGUGAAGAGGAUGCCGUCAUAAACGAAAGCGAUAGAGCCGAAAGUCAAACUUUGAGACGAAUAAUCACUGAGUUGAAACAGGCUCUCAUCACGAAACUUGACAAGGUUCCAGAAGACCUGAAAUGGAUUUGGAAGGAACAAGUCAUGAUUGUCAACGUGGUAUUGUCGUCAUUUGAAUGA